AUGCUUUUUGUCGAGCAUGUGGGCAGUGUGCCUGAAGGGCUGCAGGCUAUGUGCUGGAGUCCGGACCUGGAGCUAGCUGCUCUGGUCACCUCACAGCCAGCACUGCUGCUCAUCACAGCGGAGUUUGAGCCAGUGGCUGAGCUCCCUCUCUUCUCUGAGGAGUUUGGAGACAUGGCACCCGUCACUGUGGGCUGGGGCCGCAAGGAGACCCAGUUCCACGGCUCGGCCGGCAAGGCGGCCGCCGUGGCGUCUGAGCCGACUGCGGAGCCGGCCGGGAGGGACGACGGCCGGCCGAGGGUCACCUGGCGGGGCGACGGGCAGAUGCUGGCCGUGAGCGUCCUCUGCCGCGAGACAGGCGCCCGCCGGUUCGUGGUCGUGUCCCGCGACGGCAGCCGUCUCUCCACCAGCGAGCCGGUGGCGGCACUGGGCCAGAGUCUGGCCUGGCGACCCUCCGGCGCCACCCUGGCCGCCACGCAGCGACUCCCCAACAAACUACAGGUGGUCUUCUUCGAGAAGAACGGCCUGCGCCACGGAGAGUUCACGCUGCCCUUCCCGCCGGACGCAGCGCACGUCCGUGAGCUGCUGUGGAGUCCCGACUCGGCGGUGCUGGCCGUGUGGCUGGAGCUCGGCUCGGAGUCAGAGUCAGAGUCGCGCGUUCAGCUCUGGACGACGGGCAACUACCACUGGUACUGCAAGCAGGAGCACGUGGUGGCGGCCGGCGACCGGGCGGUGGCCGUCACCUGGCACCCGGCAGCCGACUACAGGCUGUUGGUGCUGUGCCGCUCCGGUCGCCUGCUCACCUGGGAGCACCAGUGGCGGUGGUCGACCGCUCCCCAGUCCUCAGUAGCAGCAGUGGCGGACGGCACGCGACUUCUCAUCACUCCACUAGCAUCCACCGUCGUGCCGCCGCCCAUGUCUGCCCACGAGUUGGUACUGUCGGCCUCUGUCAGUGCGGUGUGUCAGGGGCCGGCCGGCGCCGACCACUGGCUGUGGGCAGUCACCUCCGACCGACGACUGCAUGCGUUCCGACUCCUGCCGCUGGGUGCUGAGCCGGUCACCUCCCCCGGCGGCUGCACUGUAACCAUGACGGCCGGCGGCGGUGUCGGGUUCGCCGCGCGCGCGCCGCUGCACGAGUGGCGCGGCAGCUGCUCCGUAGGUGGCGCGCCGCCGGUGUAUGCUGCCUGGGCCUGGGAACUGGUGAGCGCCGAGCGGAUGGUGUGCGCGGCACACACUCAGGACGGGUACCAGCUGUGGCUGAUGGACGUUUCGGCGCCCGAGACGGCGGGUGAUGGUGGUGUCAGCGUCACACUGAGUCGCACGGUGCCGGUGUCCUGCGCGCCCCUCAUCACUAGUGCGGUGGGCGGCGGGUCGGCUGACGCCGUGGUCCACUCCGAGGAGGGCUCGAUGGCGCUACUCGACACAGAGACGGCCGAGCUGCGGCCGCUCACUGACAGCCAGUCCGGGACGGAGGUCCGGCUGCCGGUCCCUGCACAACAGGUGGUAGCGGUGAGCGGCGGCCCGGCCGGCCGGCGCCGCGUCCUGUCUCUCACCGGCCAGCGGCGGCUCUACUGCGACGGUCGGCCGCUGCUAUCCGCCUGCAGCUCGUUCGGCGUGUCAGACGACUUUCUGGUGGUGACCACACUGGAACACACGCUGCUCUGCCUGCCGCUGACAGCUCUGCUCGCCGAUGGCAGCUCAGUCUCGGAGUCUAGCUGGUCGGAGGUGGGCACUCGGCGGCUGGAGCGUGGCUCGCGCCUGGUGACGGCCGUGCGCGGCGACACGCGGCUGGUGCUACAGAUGCCGCGAGGAAACUUGGAGGUGAUCCACCCGCGGCCGCUGGUGGUGGCCAGACUGGCGCGCCUCAUGGACAGCGCCGAGUACUACACCGCCUACUCGGAGAUGCGUCGGCACCGGAUCAACCUCAACCUGCUGGUCGACCACGAUCCGGAGACGUUCGCGGCGCGCUGCGACGAUAUCUGCGCGGCGCUGCGCCAUGAGCCCAGCUGGCUGUGUGUGUUCGUCUCCGAUCUCAGUGAGGAGGACGUAACUCGCACCCUCUACCGCGAGUCCUACCGGAGCCGCUCGGCCGCCGCGGCCCCUCCCGGUAAGGUGGACCGCGUGUGUGAGCUGGUGCGGGACUCCCUGGAGCGGCUGGACCGCGGUCGGCUGCUGCUGCCGCUGCUCACCACACUGGUGCGACACACGAGACCGCGACUGGAGGAGGCGCUGCGGGUCAUCAGUCAGCUCAGAGACACCCCUCCCACCGAGCCGGGCGCGGUGACGGCCGACGCCGCGCUCCGCUACCUCAUCUGUCUGGUGGACGUGGACCAGCUCUACUCCGUGGCUAUGGGCACAUACGACUUCGACCUAGUCCUCAUGGUGGCUGAAAAGUCGCAGAAGGACCCCAAGGAGUACCUGCCGCUACUGAACGAGCUCCGUCAGCUGCCUGCCGAGUACGCCCGGUACCGAGUCGACUGUCUGCUGCGCCGGCACGAGUCAGCUCUGCGGCACCUGGCGGCGGCCGGCGCCGACCGUCAGCCCGAGCUGCUGCGACUGGUGCAGGAGCGCGGCCUGUACUCGGCGGCGCUGCGGCUGCUGCCGGCCGGCGGCGCUGCCUACCGCGCCGUCUGCGGCCUGUUCGCCGAGCACCUGGACGGCGCCGGCCGCUGCUGGGAGGCAGCCGCGCUCUACGUGCGCGCCGGCGCCCAGACUUCGGCCGUGGACGCGCUGCGCCGCGCCGGCGCCUGGCGCCAGUGUCUGCAGACGGCCGGACAGCUCGGCAUGCCGGCUGACCAGCUGCGUCAGCUGGCGGCCGGACUGGCCGCCGAGCUGCGCACGGCCGGACGCUGCGCAGACGCCGCGGAGGUCUAUGAGCGUCACCUGCGGCAGCCAGAGGAUCAGGUGGCCUGCCUGCUGGAGGGCAGACUCUGGGACCAGGCGGUGGCCGCCUGCCACCAGGCGCGACGGCCCCAGAUGGUCGCGGUGCUGGUGGUGCCGGCGCUCCACCGGGCGGCGGCCAACAUGGCAGACACACUGCGCCGCAUCUCGGACACCCUGACCGAGCGUCGCGCCCGGCUGGCGGUGGUGCGUGCCCAGCAGCUGCAGCUGCUGAGCCGGCAGCGGUGCCAGCUGGCCGACGGCGAGGGGCCGGCUGGAGCCGACAGCGACCUCUACUCGGACUCGAGCAGCGUGUCGGGGGUGUCCGCCAGCUCCGGAUCAUCGGGCCGCACGUUCCGCUCCAGCAAGUCUCGGCGGAAGCAGGAGCGGAAAAAGUACAGUCUGCGGGAGGGCAGCGGCCUCGAGGACCUGGCGCUGGUGGCCGCCUGCCACGCGCUCAUCACGGAGGCCAGUGCGCUCACAGAGGAGAUGUCUGCGCUGCUGCGCGCGCUGGUCCAACACUCCCUGGACGAGCCGGCCGGCGGUCUGCAGUGCUCCUUCGCGGCCCUGUUGGACACCCUGCCGGCCGCGGCGGCGGAGGUGUGGCCCGAGCCAGCGGCCGUCGCUCAGCCUCCGCCGGCGGGUCUCGGCCCCACCGUCACCGCCAACCAGCUGGCCGACCUGGCGCAGGCCGGAGGGGACGCGGUCGCCGCGCAGACGGCGUACGCGGCGCGGAUGGCACAGCUCGAGCCGCACCUACGGUUCCCUCCCCUGCUGAAGAAGGACGACAGCUGGAAACUGCUCUGUCUGGAGGGGUUCGGAGCGGAGCCAACCAGCUGAGUUAUCACUUCUCCCCCGCGGGCACCUCUGGGUUCAGGGGCGCACAGACCGACCAGA